AUGAAAGGUCAAUCCAAGAAAGAGUUACCUCCAUCACAAAAUGGCAUUGCAAAGAAGUCUUUGAGUGAUAUUCAAAUACCUCACAUUGAUACCCUUGUUAAACAGGUUGCUCUUUCAAGAAAGUCUCCAUAUGUUCAAACUGCCCACAGGGUGAGUUUUAAUUCACAUGUAUUUAUCUUUUGCAGCUCAGGAUUAUCAGGGGGAGCCAUAGGUGGAAUAGCUAUAGCAGUAGUAGCUGGGGUGAUGUUACUUGCAGGUUGCUUAUAUUAUGGAUUUUACAGAAAAAAGAAUUCAGAAAAUAAUCCAACUUUGUUAAAGAAUGCACAAGUUCAACUUAUGCAGUCUCCUCGAGGGUCAGGUGGCACUUCAAUUGGAGGUUCAAAUUCCAGUGGUCAUCCUGUUGGUGCCUCACCUGGGCUUACAGGGAUAACAGUUGAAAAAUCAGUGGAGUUUUCAUAUGAAGAGCUUUCAAAGGCUACAGAUGAAUUUAGUCUUGCUAAUAAGAUUGGUCAGGUGGUUUUGGUGCUGUUUAUUAUUGCAAAACUCAGAGGCGAGGUGCGUUUAAUAGGGUAUUGUGUGGAGGGCUCCUUUUCUUUGGUGUAUGAGUUCAUUGAAAAGAGAAACUUGAGUCAACAUUUACAUGGAACAGCAAGGGACCCACUAUCCUGGUCAACUCGGUUGGAUGCAACUAGCAGGCCGGAUGAAAGUCUUGCAGUUGAAGUGAUUGGAUCCAUUGGUGAGGAGAAUGCAAUUGGGAACAUGUUGUCAUUUUCUCUUCAAAAGGGGCAGUUAAGGGCCAAUGUUUGCUAUCAGCCUUUUCACUUGGCCAGUCUAGAGGUACUUGCUGCUCUUCUCUUCUGUGCACCUAUGUGA